CUGGCUAACGGUAACCAACACUUACUCAUGGGUUCACAGGACGUGUAAGAUAGCUAUCUGGAAGUGACCAAUGGUCAACGCCAGACACUGAUGAGGAUAUCUAAUGUUGGAAGUGCCUAAUCGCCACAGUCAUCUCACUCAUCUGUCAAAGAUCUGACAACAGUCUUUAGAAUACAUACUGAACUUAAGAUAUUUCCUGUGAAAUUUAAUACGCAAUACAUUUCUGGAAAAGUUAUUUAAACUUGAAGCAACUUAAGUUACAUUACUUUUCCAAUACAUGGAUAACUUUAUGAGAACUGGAUGGAUUAAAUGUGUUAGAUACAGAUAAAGCAUUGAGAAGAUUUUAUUGUUUCCCGUUUCCAAAUUACAGAAGUCAUUCAAACUGGAAUAAGUGGAGCUACAACAAAGAAUGGCGGACGUGGCAUCCUUGCCUCCUGCUGGCAUGGAAGAAAUAGAAGUCCAGAUUGAAGAUGCGGAAAAUGUUGAGAACAACAAUUUAUCAGUCCCACCAUCUGAGCCAAUUGAAACUAAUGUCAAGGUCAUCAGUGCCAAGGUUACAGAUUCAAAGAAGGAAGAGGUCAAUGGUACUGUGCGUGGAGAUGUGAAAGUCAAUGGUGUCACUAAUGGCGAUGUUAAAGUCAAUGGUGUCAUGACUGGUGGAGAGGUCAAUGGUACUGUGAUUGGAGAUACCAAUAUCACCAGUACCAGUAAUGGCGAUGUUAAAGUCAAUGGUGUUACUAACAGUGAUGCCAGUGUCAUGGCUGGUGGAGAGGUCAAUGGUAUUAGUGCAGCAGAAGUCAAGGUCAAAGAUACAACUCUGGCAGAGGUCAAGGUCAAUGGGUCCCCUAAAAGUAUAAUAGCCCAGAAAGAAUCUGUGCCAAAAAGAAGUGGUAUUGAUGACCUGCUGCCAGCCACAGCAAAGUUCACAACACGGAGAGAGGAUGCGAUCCAGCUACGAAUGGAUGACACAGGACCGGGGGCCAUGAAACCUCUAACUGUUCCAACAGUCUUCAAAAACACUGCAGACAAGGCUCCUAAUGCUACAGCACUAGGUGUAAAGAGAGAUGGAGCCUGGGUAAAGUGGACAUACAAACAAUACUAUAAUGAUGUCCGCCGGGUAGCUAAGGCUUUUAUAAAGCUUGGGCUGGAACCAUACCAUGGUGUUGGAAUUAUCGGAUUCAACUCUCCAGAAUGGUUUAUAGCAGACUUGGGUGCCAUAUUUGCUGGGGGAUUUGCUACAGGAAUUUACACAACUAACACCCCCGAGGCCUGUCAGUAUGUGGCUGCAGAUUGUGAGGCAAAUAUCUUGGUAGUCGAGAACAACCAGCAGCUACAGAAAAUCUUAAAAGUCUGGGACAACUUACCCCACCUCAAGGCUAUUGUUCAGUAUGAUGGAGAGGUGGCUGAAAGGAGAGACAAUAUCUACUCGUGGAGUGAGUUGUUGGCACUGGCGGAACACGUCCAGGACUCUGACCUUGAGGAACGACUGCAGUUACAGGCCCCGAACAAGGCCUGCACACUUAUUUACACAUCAGGAACUACAGGGAACCCCAAGGGAGUGAUGUUAAGUCAUGAUAACUUGAUCUGGACAACACAAAGGGUUGGCGAAAUUCAUAAGUUGGCUUUCAAUGUGGAAGAUAUUGGUGUGAGUUAUCUGCCCCUGAGUCACAUAGCAGCACAGAUAAACGAUGUAUACCUUCCUCUUGUACACGCAAUGACUGUGUACUUCGCUCAGCCAGAUGCCCUCAAGGGGUCCCUGAAGAACACAUUGAAGGAAGUUCGUCCCACCGCUUUCCUGGGAGUACCGAGAGUGUGGGAAAAGUUUGCAGAGAAGUUGCAGGAGAAGAGUCGAGAGGCUAAGGGAAUGAAAAAGAAGCUUGGAGCAUGGGCAAAAGGAAAAGGCAAAGAGGGUGUGAUGGCCAAAAUGGAGAAUCGGUCGCUUCCAUGGUUUUGGGGUAUAGCAAACUCGUUGUUGUUCCGUCCAGUGAAGAAGGAGAUGGGACUAGAUCGCUGUCGGAUCUGCGUGUCUGGAGCAGCUCCCAUUAUGAGAGACACCCUUGAGUGUUUUUUCAGCUUCGACAUCACAGUACUGGAGGUUUACGGCAUGAGUGAGAGUACUGGUCCUCACACCGUAGGCACCAAUGACUGCUUUAGACUGAGCAGUGUUGGUAAAGAAAUCCCAGGAGUUCACACCAAACUUGCUGACAAAGAUGAUGAAGGAAAUGGAGAGGUGUGUAUGCAGGGCCGUCAUGUUUUCAUGGGCUACUUAAACAAUGCUGAAAAGAAUGCUGAGGCUUUUGACUCAGAUGGCUGGCUGCGAACUGGUGACAUUGGCAAAAAAGACAAGGACAAUUUCCUUUAUAUCACAGGACGUAAGAAAGAGCUGAUCAUCACCGCUGGCGGGGAGAAUGUGGCGCCGGUACCGGUAGAGGACAACGUGAAGGAGGAAUUACCUGUUAUUUCGAACUGUAUGCUCAUCGGGGACAAACGCAAGUUUCUGUCCAUGUUGAUCACACUGAAGGUGACAGUCGACCCGGACACCGGUGAACCAACAGACAACCUCACAAGGGAAGCUAAAGCAUGGUGCCAAUCUGUAGGCAGUGAAUCGACAAAGUUGACAGACAUUGUCAACGAUAAGGAUACUGUUGUACUGAACGCCAUCCAGGCUGGAAUUGAUCGUGCCAAUAAAAAAGCUGUUUCCCGUGCUGCAAGGAUUGCGAAAUGGUCUGUCCUGCCCCAGGAUUUUUCUAUUCCUGGAGGUGAACUUGGGCCAACAUUGAAACUACGAAGACCAAUUGUGAACAAAAUCUACCAUAAAACCAUUGAAUCAUUUUAUGCUGAAACAUGAUUCCUCAAAAGACAACAUUCCAGAUCGGACAUCAAACAAGGACUAACAUUCCUAGUGGAAAAACAGACAAAGUAACAGUAGAUGCAUUCUUGGCUGUGAAAAAUAUAACAUAACAUUCCUGGUUGUGAAAAAGAAAUGACAAAAAUUCCUGAAUAUGAAUUAUAAACGACAAACAUUCCUGAUUGUGAAUUAUAACCUACAAACAUUCCUGAUUGUGAAUUAUAACCUACAAAUAUUCCUGAUUAUGAAUUAUAACCUACAAACAUUCCUGAUUGUGAAUUAUAACCGACAAACAUUCCUGAUUGUGAAUUAUAACCUACAAACAUUCCUGAUUGUGAAUUAUAACCUACAAACAUCCCUGAUUAUGAAUUAUAACCUACAAACAUUCCUGAUUGUGAAUUAUAAACCUACAAACAUUCCUGAUUGUGAAUUAUAACCGACAAACAUUCCUGAUUGUGAAUUAUAACCUACAAACAUUCCUGAUUGUGAAUUAUAACCUACAAACAUUCCUGAUUAUGAAUUACAAACGACAAACAUCCCUGAUUAUGAAUUAUAACCUACAAACAUUCCUGAUUGUGAAUUAUAACCUACAAACAUUCCUGAUUAUGAAUUACGAACGACAAACAUCCCUGAUUGUGAAUUAUAACCUACAAACAUUCCUGAUUAUGAAUUAUAAACAACAAACAUUCCUGAUUAUGAAUUAAAAGCAACAAAUUGUGUUAUCCACAAAGAACAUUCCUGAUGGUGAAUUUUUACCUAUAAAUGACAAACAUUCUUGAUUGUGAAAUAGAAACAACAGGCGUUCCUGAUUGUGAAAUAGAAGUACAAUUAUUGAUAUACUGUCAACAUUGAGUUAUUGUUUAGAAGUUGUUUUUUUCUUUUAUAUCAAUUGAUUAUUUCUGUCAGGGUGUGUGAAGUUAAAAUGGCGUCUAAACACACUGAAUAUAAAAUUAAUGAUAACAUUAUCUGAGAUAUUAUAUCUGAUGUACUGGAUCUGAUUAUUCCUAGUAUCUUCUUGAUUAGACACGUUGAUAUACCUUUCAUAUCGGAAUAUUAUUACAUGUUCCAGAUAGUAUUUUCAUUUAAUUUACUCUCUUCAAUAACUUUUACUUUGUUACAGUGUCAUUGCAAACUAUUUCACAUAGCACAGUUCUAGUUAAAAAAAGAUAAUUUUUCAAAAUUUCAAUAAUUCUUUUCUGUGGAAACUCUUAAACACUCAUAAACUCAUGAAAAUGCUAAUUCUCAAGAAAAAAUGAGGGGAGAUAACUCGCAUUUACAUGACAAAAAGAAAAUCCACAAAAAUGUGUUGUUUCCAGCAUAUAUUUUUUGUCGUAAUUCUGUCAUUGCAGAAAUAGUUUUAUGAUUUCCUUCAUGACAUUUUUUUUGUUUGUUCAAAUUUCUUUAUUUUGGUGAAAUAAAAAUGCCACCCAAAAAUGAAUUCUUACUUGUAGGUAAAGUUUCUCAACCUAAAAAGGACUCUUCCUGUAACCACUUAAUAUGUAGAGAGAAUUGUGGCAUUUUUUCAUCCUUAUUGGAAAUAAUCACCUUUUUGAAAAAUUGAAUAUUUUUUCGAAAAAAGUAUAGAUUUUUUGCAUCAUAGCAAUUGGUGGCACGAUGAUCACUCAGGUCAAUUUUUAUGACAAAAAAUUAUUUAUUAUUUACUGAUCAUUUCGUACCCUCCUAAGUUUGAGUAGCUGGUAUUUGUACAGUACGUUGUAAUUUACAUAUAAUGUUUUCUUCAAGUGCUGCCAUUACAUGGUAAGUAUAAGCAUGUUCAUGAAUGUUGUCAUGUAGAUUUGUUAAGAGUUAUUCCCCUUUGCAUGUGCUAUUAAAUCGAUGAAUGGACAGAUUUUUUCUUCAGUGUAUACUGAAUUGUACAUAUUUUUGCAACUGAAUCAAAUUUUGUGCUAUAUAAUCACCCAUAUUUAAAAAUUCAUCUUUUCCUUAACUUUCUCUCAAUUUUCUUUUGAAUUUGUAUUUUACAAUUUGUAUAGUUGAAGGAAUCUCAUUAUAGUCCUAUAUCAGCAAAUGGUUUCUUUAAAUAUUUACAUAUUAUUUGCUAAGUAAUCAGCAGGGUAAGUCCAUCAGUCAUCAACUGUGACUUAAAAUAGUCAUUGAUGUUGAAAAAUACUGGUCAUGAGAAUUAAUGGGCUAUCAGAUAGAGGGACUCACCAUUGUGGGAAGGGAGAUUGUGCAUCGAUCUCCCCAUAGGGAACAAAGGGUUGGGGGCCAGAUAGGAAAAAUAAAUAAUAAAUAGUAAACUUUUUUUCCUGUUAUACUGGCAGUUGUCAGGGUUAGACUUGCCCGACAUCUCUACUAAAACCUUGUUCAUGUGAAAAAAUGAUUUCAAUUUGUGUAUAGACAAACCAUGACUAGGAUCAUAACAAGGUAAUAGUGCAAUCUACACCUUAUAUAAUUAUAAUCAUGUAUACAGUUGCUGGAUAUGAAGAGACAAAAACACUUAAGCUAUCAGGAUUGACUUCACAAUCAUAGCAAAAAAAAAAAAAAAAAAAAAAA